AAUGUGCAUUACAAUGGAUCCGAUAUAAAGGAUGGACUCAGAAUAAAUUUCGGCAGUUGUGAUUGCAGUUAGGUGCGGGGUUUCAAAAUGGGCAGUUGUAAAGUGGCAUGCCUCCUACUGAUUACCGCUGGACUAGGUGGCGUCAUCUCACAAUCCCAAAUUUGUGUUGGAAAUGUCGGAGUGCAUAAUUUUCCAGACCCAGUUAACUGCAAUGGAUACAUUGUGUGUGUAGAUGAAACCUCAAUUCCAAUGACGUGUAACGAAGGCUUAAUAUUCGAUGUCAACAUUUUGAAAUGCAACUAUCCGGACAUCUCCGUUUGCCUACCGAAUCUUCUUGUGACUACAACAACAACCCAAACGGUGCCAUCAACUACAACUACGGGAACCACAGCAAGUACAACAACCACCCAAGCAGUGCCAUCAACUACAACGACAACAACUAUAGCUACUCCAGCCCCUUCAAGGCCCAUCGAAGAACCCACAUGUCCCGAUCGAGGGCUUCAUUUUUAUCCGCAUAUAAACGACUGUCAGCGAUAUUAUAAAUGUUUAUACGGAAAACUCUACGUGAUGUCCUGUCCACUUUCGCUGUUGUGGAACCAGGAUAUUAAGUUUUGUGACUUUCGAUGGAAUGUUGCAUGCAGAAAUGAUUAGAAAGUGUCGGACUAAUGGCUAUUUUACAUUUUACUGAACCAAUAUUGGAAAGCUCUGAAGAUA